AUGCCCGAGAAAGCUUACCGCUACAACCGCGAGGGGAGCCAGCAGGUAUACCCGGACGACGUCAUCGCAGGAAAGCAAUCGAGCUCUUUCGAUACUUGUGAAGCAGUAGAACGGUCGCCAGUGCUUCGACGGCUUCCAAGAUGCUUCGUCCCGUACGCACAGCUGAUUAGGCUGGACAAACCGAUUGGGUUUGUGAUUGUGUACUUUCCGUACGCCAUAGGGAUACUGUUUGCGGCUUCGAUUUCGCCUUCCACGAUUCCGGUCCGUACUCUGAUGAGGCAAGGCGGUAUCUUCCUGUUGGGUAGCAUCGUGCUACGCUCUGCAGGCUGUACGUGGGACGAUAUUGUGGAUCAGGAUCUCGACAGCCAAGUCGAGCGUUCACGGACUCGACCACUGGUACGAGGGACGGUGUCCACAACGGAGGCUCUUUUGUUUAUGAGCGCUGUAUCGGCCUGCGGAAUACUGCUUCUUUCGCGGCUGCCCUGGGAAUGCUCUGCCGAUGCUGCAUUCAUCACGGCCCUGUCGUUCGUGUAUCCAUACAUGAAGCGGUUCACAGACUACACUCAGGUCGUCCUCGGGUUGACCAUCGGUUUCGCUGUGGUGAUGACAAUGCAUGCACUGGAAGUCAACCCGCUGGCAGACUGCAAUCAGAUGUGCACAGGCUCCCUUUGGUUCGCUAUCGCUCUGCUCAUGAUGCUCUAUGACAUUGUCUACGCUGGACAAGACACCAACGACGACGUUAAGGCUGGGGUGAGGAGUAUGGCGGUCCUGUUCAAGUCUCAUAUCAGAGUGGUAAUUUCUCUUCUAGCGUCUGCCAUCAUAGCAUGCCUCGUCUCUGUGGGCGCUGUUGGCGGCUUAGGCCCACGGUAUCUUAUCAUCACUGUUGGCGGGAGCAGUAGCGCCUUGCUUACGAUGAUAAUGGCUAUGGAUCUGAAGGUGCCUGCCAGUUGCCACAAAUACUGCGGUGGGGCCUACAUGUUGACGAGCGUAGCCAUGCUCUUGGGUUUUCUAGCUGAGUAUCAGGGACGUUCGUAG